AUGGCAGACAAGAUCUCAAUUACCAUCUGCGGUGACGGCGGCUGCGGCAAAUCAUCCAUCACCUUACGGCUGGUCCGUAGUCAAUGGAUUCAUGAAUAUGAUCCAACAAUCGAGGACUCAUACUCUGUGACCCGCACUGUCGACGGACUCCCAUACUUUCUUUCAAUCACCGACACCGCCGGUCAAGAAGAAUACCGCGGGUUAUGGACCGCAUCGACGGUCAAAUCAGACGCAUUCUUGCUCGUCUACGAUAUCACGAAUCCAUCCAGCCUGCAUACGCUCGACUACUUCAUGGAGAUGAUCAACCUAGAAGCCGAGCAGCGCGUGGAAGAUAAUGAUCGGCUGCGCAAGGAGUUGGUGAACAAGGGUGUAGACAUUAAAGAGCAGAUCGGGCUGCCGCCGCCAGUGAAGAUCGUAGCUGGUAACAAGUGCGACUUGAAGGACGGGCGUGCAGUCCCAGCGCGUGAGGGAUUGGAGUACGCGCGCAAGCAUGGUUGUGGGUUCAUGGAGACGAGUGCAAGGGAGAUGGUGAACAUCGAAGAGACUUUUGCCCUGCUUGUCCGUCGUGUGAUCGAAGCACGCCGUCUCCAUCAGCAGGGCACAUUGCCGAGUCGACGCCCACCUUCGCGCGCGGGGCAAUCAGUGCAUACAACGGCAUUGCCGCCAACGACGACCGAUGCCAUCGUAACAGGAUCGCGCGAGACUCGCUCCCGGCGCAGUCGAUUCUUUAGUCUGCGUAUCAGCCGGAAACUGAGUGGACCCGCGAGUCCGAUUGGGAUGUGCAAGCGUCGGGCUUCGCAAGCAGGGAUGAAUGAGAAAGAGUCAAACAAGGACGAGGAUGUUGAGCCACAGGGCUGCUUUUUCAGACAGAUGUGCUGCUGCUGUCGGGGAUGUUGA